CAGCUGACGGAGCUGUCAAAACAGUCGGCAGGAGGAGAGCGUGACCGUCUGAAGCCAUGAGGACGAGUGAGUUUGACUCCUCAUCUGAAGAGGAGGAGGUCGGAGAGGAGCAGCUGACUCCCUUCCACAUCUCCUGGUUACCUCUGUCCAUUGUGGAGUGCUCACAGUUUCUCGGGAUAUGUGCACUACCAGGUUGCAAAUACAAAGAUAUCCGCAGGAGUCUGCAAAGAGAUGUUGAGGAGCUGCAGAACCAGGGCGUGCAGGAAGUGUUUGUUUUCUGCACCAGAGGAGAACUUAACAAAUACAGAGUUCCCUCCCUGCUGGAGGUCUACGAGCAGCGAGGCUUCACAGUCCACCACAUGCCCUUCCCAGACGGAGACGCUCCUGAGCUGGAGCAGUGCUGCCAGAUCCUCGAGGAGCUGCAGGUCAGCCUCGAGAACAACAGGAGGACUGUGAUCCACUGCUACGGAGGCCUGGGACGCUCUGCAUUAAUCGCUGCCUGUCUGCUGCUUCAACUCUCUGUAACACUGACGGCGAACAAAGUCAUCGAAAUCCUCAGGGAGCACAGAGGAGGAGGAGCGAUACAAACAGUGAAGCAAUAUAACUUCCUCCACGAGUUUCGGGAGCGGUACACAGCCUACCAAGAGAGCAGAGAGGCGUCGACAGAGCGCUCGGUGUCGCGAUGAUCGCCGCUCUUCAUAUCACGAGCUGUGAAAAUAUUGAUCGCUUUGAACUCAUUUGUCAGAGAUUCUUUCCUUUUUGUGUGUGAUAUAAUUGUAUUCUCUGAUGAUUGCACUUUAACAGAAUACUCUAAUAUAUUGCUGUUUUCAUCCUCAUUAUCAGAUUAAAAACCUAAUGAGGAAAUCCUGCUGCAGAGUUAUUUGUGAGUUUAAAAUGUUGCAUUCAUUUCACAUUUAAAAUAAUGUUGGUAUGUAAAGUCUCCUGCUGCAGCUCUCUAGCUUGAAUAACUAACUUUUGGCAUUUUGGCAUCUUAAUUCCUAGCAGUUAAAAAUACUGAUUUCAUUGCAUCUGUUUCACACGUCAGUCCUGAUAAUUGUGUUGAGCAGCUGUUAUAAAACAACUUGUGUUCUUGGUGAGAUCGUAAAGUGAACAUUUGUUCUGUCUGAUUUUGGCCAUAUUCAUCUUUUAACAUCAUUAGAUUUGAAUUUCUCCAAAGAAGACUUCAGAAAUACCCGAAAUGUCUUGAAUGAAUUUGAUCCUCAGUGGAAAGGUUGGCAGCAAAGUCAAAUUCCUUUAAAACAUUUCAGUCCAUAUUAACAGAGUGGGACAUUUUUAUUUUGAUUCAAAUAAACUCAAGUGGUCAUUUUCUACAUAUGACAAUGAUGGAUCUAAUACAAAAAAUUCAGUUUUAUCUGUGACAAAUGAUCAUCCCUUUCCCUGGUUAAUUUACACAUAU